GACGGUGGAACGCGCUCGGGCUCUGCCCCCUUCUCACCAACAUGUCCAAGAUGCCGGCUAAGAAGAAGAGCUGCUUCCAGAUCACCAGCGUGACCACGGCCCAGGCCGCUAACAGCAUUACCGAGGAUACCGAGAGCCUGGAUGACCCUGACGAAUCCCGGACCGAAGACGUCUCGUCCGAGAUCUUCGAUGUGUCCCGGGCCACUGACUACGGGCCCGAGGAGGUGGUGGAGAGGAGCUCGUCCGAGGAGACCCUGAACAAUGUGGGAGAGGCCGACACCCCCGGGACUAUGUCACCCAACGUGCCGCACGAGGGAUCGCUCAUCAGGAUCGGCAGCCAGGCAACGGGCCUUCCGAGCCAGCUUCCCCCUGCCGCUGCUGCCCCCACCAUAGCCCAGCCCGCUGCUGCCCAACACCCCCCAGCUCAGCCCGCCGGCCCGGUCACGUCUCAGGUGGCCACUUGCAGCUCACGUUUCCGGGUGAUCAAACUUGACCACAGCUCCGGGGAGCCCUAUAGGAGGGGCCGCUGGACGUGCACGGAGUAUUAUGACAAGGACUCGGAUGGCACUUUAAUCUCCAGGACUGCGGACACCAUCAGGCACACGAGCACCUACGAUCACUCUGCGGACAGGGACAGCGGAUUGGGCGCCACGGGGGGCUCCGUAGUGGCGUCUGCCGUGCACAUGGGACAUGCCCCGGACUCUAUAGCUGACAGCUCACUUACUGCUGUGUCACAUCUGCAUCAAUCGGACAAGAUGAACCAGCAGCACUUUGUCAUUGGGCAGCAGGCCAUAGGUGGAGUGGUAUCUCAGGGUGCUACUCAGCCCCUGCUCCCUGGUGCUACAAUCAGCUCCCAGCAGAUGAUGGUGCCUCAAGGCCAGGCUUACAUCCCUGCACAGAAUAUAGUUCAAAGUGGCCCUGGCCCUCAGAAUGUCCCCAGCCUGCCUGUCAAUCAGCAGCCCAGUGUUACUCUGAGUCAGCCCCAGCAGUUCAAUUACUCCCAGAUCCAGCAGGGGCAUAUGAUGGUCACCCAGGCCUCUGGUCAAGCCGAGUACAUGCAGCACAGGACAGUUGCACAGUCGCAAGGAACAACUCCAAAUGCUGCAACGUCCCUGGUUGCGGGUACCGGGGCCCCAUCCAGUCUUCCAGGCCAGCACUUGCUAGCCGGUGGAGCACAGCUUAUGGGUCUUCAUUCUAAAAUGAGUGACUUGGUGAGCCAAGGAUCAGGCCUUGCACAGGGCGGGCAGACUCCCCAGAGCCAUCCGGUUCACAUGCAGCAAGCAGGAGGAGGUGUGGCGCAGGCAACCGUGUCCUCUGUUGGUGCUGUGCAACAGCAAGCAAGCGGGAGUAGCAUUUUGGGCAGUCAACAUGCCAUGACCCCUGGAGUGCAGAAUGUCCCCGUGGCUGUGCCUAGUACAGGUGUUUCUGGACUAUCGUGUAGUGUGUCUCCUAUUCCCGUUACUAUGCCAAUGGCUCCUGCUACUUUUGUACAGUCCCCCUUAAGUAGCCAUACGUCUGUCAGUAGGAGUAGCAGCCUAAUAUCAACAGUUGGGCUUCCACCAGUGCAAGGUACAGCAAAUGUAAAUACAAGUCUGCCACAGUCAAACAUUAGUCAGUUUCAGACCCAACCAUUGGCUGGUCAGAUUGAUGACAGAAGAAAAUCGGAAACUCUACCUCAGCCGUCAAUGUCCCUGAUUUCUGAGAAGUCUUUUAUGAAGGUUCCUAUCACGGACACUCUAACAAACCCUCUUCACUUACCCGUAUUUGGUUUAUCUAUUCCUGUUGAUGGUGAGGAUGACAGUUCAUCAAGUGCAAAUGUGGUAGCCAUCGACAACAAGAUUGAACAGGCAAUGGACCUGGUCAAAAGCCAUCUGAUGUACGCCGUAAGAGAAGAGGUGGAAGUCCUGAAGGAACAAAUAAAGGAAUUAAUAGAGAAAAACUCGACACUUGAACGUGAGAAUGCACUGUUAAAAUCCCUUUCUAACAGCGAUCAGCUGUCACAACUGCCGGCCCAGGCUGGUCUCAGCCAACAACAGCCUCCAGUGACUACAGCUCCGCAGACCGCACACCCUCCACAACAACCGAAUGUCUCUUCUGCAUAAACUGUACAAACUGCUUUCUCGCCUUGUUCAGCUAACUGAAAGCAAUCUGUCCUUGUGUGCCACUGCUGACCUUUCCACUUUAACAAUGAGAAACGAAAAAAGAGCAAGUAGCCAUGCUUCAUUUUGUGUGUUUGGCCUUUUCAGUAUUAGACAAUCGUACUCCCUGAGCCCUCAUUGUGAGAGAGGCGAUACCUAUUGCAUUGUGUAUCAGGUAUUAACAGAGUUGGAAAGAUGUGUAUGUGCUCCUAGUGUAUGUAUAUGCUUUUAUAGACCUACAUACAUUAGAUGCACAGACGCAUUAUCUCAAACGCGCUGAAUCCUUGCUUUAAGGACAGUAUAUCCAUGAAUGCUGGCAAUAACUAUGUACAUGUGGAACCCUUCUUUUAGCAGAAGGGAGAAAUGCAGCAUUUUAUGUCAUAGAAACCCUCUAGAACAAGGAACAAACUUGCAUGUAGAAUUUAACCAUAUAGUGUCAAGUCAUCUGAAAAUGCAUGCAAGAUAUCGUUUUGGGUGUCAGGCAAAGUAACAUAGUCCCUAAUGUACAACAUUGCAACUUCUCUGCUCAUAAUGUACUAGAAAAGAAGUACUUUUAGAAGGCUGAUAGGAAGAUGCUUUUUAUCCCCUUUGUGCUCAUUUUAGUCAUCACUGAUCUGCCCUGAGGAUGGACUUAACAGUAUUCCAUGUACAGGAUAUAAAUGUAGAUAACACAAUGCAGCUCAUUUCACUGCACCUGGAUACAGUGUCUUAUGCUAGCUAGCCUGUCUACAAGUUAUACGCAUACAAUGAGCAUGACAUUUUACAAAUCUUCUCUUUCGUAACGGUAGGUUUUUUUUUUUUGGUUUUUUUUACAACACUUUAUGGUUUGUUUAGGAAAGUACAUUAUAAGUGUAUACGAGAUUGUUAAACAUAACUACUGCGCACAUCUGCAUGUGUUAUGGGUGCCUAUUUACUAUGCUGAAAUGCUUGUUUGUGUUUGAGACAGUUGUUUGCACCUUAUAAACCGAUAUAUGUUAACAAGCAACAGCGGCUAUCUUGAUCUAGCAAAUGGCGAACGAUGACGCAGAACAGAUCUGUUUUUAAAAUGGGUUUUCUAGAACAUAAAAUGCUGCCACAAACAGCAGUUAAUCUCUGAUAUUCAGCAAGGGGUCUUACGGAGCUAUUGUGGUUCUCCAGGGAGCGUUUCCUUUAGAUCAUACUCUGAGCCAUGUUUUGUCAGUUCUUUGUAAGCAAAUCUAAUCAUUGCAUUCAUAGUAAGAGCCACCGUUCUUUAAAUAUAAGUAAUAUUUGUUUUGCCUUUUUAUUAGUUUAAGUUUUUUGUGUUUUAUUUAUUACAGGGCUGCUAUUUUCAUAAUGUGUAUGAACAAUGUCACAGACACUCUAUUUUAUUUUAUUUCCUUAUCUAGAGAAUAAAUGUAAAUCUAUCAUAAAUCGUAGAGGGGGAGGGAUUGCAUUUAGUAGGGAAAGCAUUUUGGCAAUAACUAAGCAUACGCAUCCUGGCAUCUAUAAAUAUAUAUCGAACACUAACAGCAAUCUACUUUUCUGGUAUUUAUUUUACAGUAGAGCAAAGAUCCAAUUUGAAUGUACAUUUUGUAAAGAGUG